AAAAACAGUGACGUUAUUUUUUAAUAAGAUGCAAACUGCAUAUGUUCUGUUUUAUUUAAUCUUUCCCAUUUCCUCCGAGGGAUGCUGUGUGGGAAAGCAAAAGGGCCACAAGGAAAGAAUGGAUUUUCCGCAGGAUUUGGCUCUGGCAGAUCAGCACUACAGAGCUGUGGAGGGUGAGGCGUUCAUGAUGCAGUGCGUGAGCUCUCUGAAGCGGCAGGUGGAGGUGGUGUGGUCCAGGACUGCAGGAGACAGUGAAGGAAACAAAAGUGGAGAGAGGGGUACCCGAACAGAUGUGAUCAGUAGACACAACGACCUCCACUUCCAAAUUGUUGAAGCAAAACAUUCUGGAAAUUACACGUGCACCACAGGUGACAGGAAGGUCUUCUUCUAUCUACAAGUGGUGGAGAAAUUGAGCCUGAGAUGCAUAAAGCCUGAGGAGAGCACUGUAACUCUGAUCAUGAGCACAGGAGGAACUCUCACCUGCCCAAGACUGACCUGCAGUGACCGGGCCAAUACUGACAUCAACUGGUAUAAGGGAAACAGAUCUGUCUCUGAACUGCAGAGGAACAGAGACAUCUGUGAGAACAACGGUCUGUUGCAUCUCUGCCACAUCUAUAAAACUGACAGUGCUGUGUACUACUGUGACCGACGUACACGUGAACAGGGGCUGAUAUGGACCAUCAGGAGGGCAGUCACUGUCACAGUCAUACCACAGAAUGCAAGAGAUUCUCCAAGAAUUAUUCAUCCUGAUGACAACAAGACGGAAGAAGUAGAGCUCGGUCACUCACAUACUCUGGUGUGUGAAGUAUUUUUUCAUUUUGAGAGGCAUCUUUCCCUGGAGGUCCAAUGGUACAUGAACAAACACAGCAAAGUGGAUGAGAGGACUCCACUAGAGAUGGACAGUCAACAACAGGAGAAACUGAGUUUUGCUGAGUUUCUGGUCAGAAGGACAGCGACCAUAAAAGAGGUGACAUUACUGCACUUGAAUCACACUUACACCUGUACUGCCAGUAAUUCUGUGGGAAACAGCACUGCAACGAUCAAAUUCAAGAGGAAAACUAAAGUAAAAUGGCCCAUGCUGAUUGGAUAUCCUAUUGCAUCUUUGCUGCUGGUAGCUGGACUGGGAAUCGUUUUGCAUGUAAAAUGGCUGGAAGUAACUCUAAUGUACAGAUCCCACUGCCAAGGUUAUGCAAAACCUGGAGAAGAUGACAAAGAGUUUGAUGUGUUUGUGUCGUGUGUGUGGAGCCGGCCCACGCCUGAGGUGUCUGUAGGUUUGACGACUCCGUUAACAUCAAGAGGAGGCACUGAUGAGGAAGCACGUCUUGCCAGCAUCAACAGGGUGAACAGUGAGGAUCGUGAUGUCAGUCAGUGGCCACUGGAAGCACUGCUGCCCCGAGUGUUAGAAGGCCAGUGGGGGUAUCGCAUCUGUCUGCUGGAGAGGGAUAUGCUACCUGGAGGAGCGUAUACAAAUGACGUGGUUCAAGUGAUACAUAGAAGCCGAAUGCUGAUCUGCCUCCUGUCAGCAGAAUACUUCUCCAACAGUAACGCCGUGUUUGUACUGCAAUCAGGAAUCCAGUCUCUGCUGCAAACGUCGAACUUCAAGCUGCUGUUAAUAUGGACCGGUAGAUCGUCCACAUCCCUCGUCCAGUAUGACCCCCCUCUGCCCCCACUGGUCCUGAAGGCAUUAAAGGUGCUGCCUAGUCUGGACUGGCCCUCAGAUCAAGCGGGACGAGCCACCCGCACCUUCUGGAGGUCUCUGAGGAAGACCAUGCCAGUCCAAAGGAAGUAAACCUGGUGAACACUGGUACCAACUCACUCACCUAGAUUUAUUGAUUGCUUUUAAAUCAUCUGCAUACUUUUAAUAAAUCUAUUUUCUCACU